AUGGACCAAGCAACAACCCUGCUCUUUUUGGAUUAUUAUGAUGCUACAAGCCCAAACCCCGAUAUCAUGAUGGAAACCCACUCCCAUGUUCCCUACACAUCUGUCUUCCUCCCCAUCUUUUACACAGCUGUGUUCCUAACUGGAGUACUGGGGAACCUCAUCCUCAUGGGUGCCCUGCAUUUCAAACGUGGCAACCGAAGAUUGAUCGACAUCUUUAUCAUCAACCUGGCUGCCUCUGACUUCAUUUUCCUUGUCACACUGCCUCUCUGGGUGGAUAAGGAAGCCUCUCUGGGAGUAUGGAGGACCGGCACUUUCCUCUGCAAAGGCAGCUCCUACGCAAUUUCAGUGAACAUGCACUGCAGCAUCUUCUUGCUCACUUGCAUGAGCCUGGAUCGCUACCUGGCCAUCAUGUGCCCAGCCUUAUCCAGGAGACUAAGGAAGAGAGACUGUGCCUACGGAGUCUGCGCCAGCGUCUGGCUCAUCUCCUGCCUUUUGGGACUGCCCACUCUCCUGUCCAGGGAGCUCAUUCACAUGGAAGGUAAGCCAUAUUGCGCAGAGAAGAAGGCCACGUCACUAAAACUGGUAUGGGCUCUGGUAGCGCUAAUUGUCACCUUUUUUAUUCCCCUGCUGAGCAUUGUGACCUGCUACUGUUGCAUCACAAGGAGGCUGUGUGCUCAUUACCAGCAGUCAGGAAAACAUAACAAAAAGCUGAGGAAAUCCAUAAAGAUCGUCUUGAUUGUAGUGGCCGCCUUUGUCUUCUCCUGGUUGCCCUUUAAUACUUUCAAGUUUCUGGCCAUUGUUUCAGGGUUGCAGUCAGAAUUCCAGUUUUCCUCCACGACUUUUCAGCUGGGCAUGGAGGUGAGUGGGCCCUUGGCAUUUGCCAACAGCUGUGUCAACCCUCUAAUUUACUAUGCCUUCGACAGCUAUAUUCGCAGGGCCAUUGUAUGCUGGCUGUGCCCUUGCCUGAAGAACUAUGACUUUGGAAGUAGCACUGAGACAUCGGACAGUCACCUCUCUAAGGCUCUUUCCAAUUUCAUUCAUGCAGAAGAUUUUGUCAGGCGGAGGAAGAGGUCUGUGUCACUCUAA